AUGGCUGUCUGUGCUCUGGUUUCAGCUCGAGUUCGAGACCAGGCAGUCUUCAAUCCUAGCCACGAUGUACAGGAACUCGCCGAGAUACAGUCCGAGACCUUCUACCUCGCUGCCAUUAAUGCCUCCGCCGAUUUCCAGGACCCGAACCAAUGCCAGAGUCUCGAAAUGCUGCGGUGUUUUGCUCUUCUUGCCCUCUCUGCCAUCCAGUAUGGCAAAAUCCGGGAAAUGCAAUUAUAUCUCGGCAAAUACCACACUUUGGUAGCCAUGGAUGGCUUGCAUGAUGAGUCAAAUUGGCCCAAGGACAUCGGUAUUGUGGAGACAGAAGAACGACGCAGACUGUUCUGGUCCAUGUACACACUUGAAGUAUAUUCUUCCAUCAUUUGGAACGGCGUUACUCGUUGUCGGGAGCAGCAAGUCAAUGUCGCAUACACAACCGAGUUGGACGACGAGCUCUUCAGUGACUUGGGCUAUAACCAACAAACCCUAUCUCCGGUCGAGAUCGGACCAAGUCCGGGCGGCAGAUGGGGUAAUGUGAGAAGCAGUAGCUGGCUAUGUGGUUGGAAUUUCACCACUGAUCUCUAUCGAGUGCUCGAGCAUGUCAUUGCCAAUUUCAGAGAUCGCAGACAACACAAGAGAACCUUCCUCAGUGAUAUGUUCGGUGGCCGGAACGCUGUCUCCGCGUCAUCUGUUCGCGACUCUAUCAUGACUCUUUACGGCGAUCUCCCGCAUUGCUUUAAAGAAUGUCCAGAGAUCACAUGUGACCCUGCAAGUGACCGAUACGGUUUUCAAGCAGCCAAUAUCACAGCUACAGUUCAACUGCUUCGAAUGAUGUUGUUUGCCUCUGGGGGAGGAACAAUAGAAGAACGUUGUAAGAUUGCGAGUGAGGUCGUUGAUGCCUUCACACGUAUUCCAACUGCCUACCUACGAGCAAUUAGCUCUCCACUUCUUCACCAUCUUGCUGGAAUUGGGGCAUUACUGGGUAGCGUCUUUGAGGAGCCAAUCAGCGAUAUUGCCUAUGAACAAGUGCGCGUGGUUCUCCUGUCUCUGGCACAGCUCCUCGAAAAUCUCGAUCAUGGAAUUCAUUCAGCAGUGAGCGCUCAUCGACUGCGGACCCUGGUUUCCCAAAUCGAUGAAUUCUGGAGCCAACUUCAUGUCAUUUCCGAUGAUGCUGGUUCGGCUAUCAGCCCUUCUAGUCAACGAGAUCGUCAGGACUCACGCCAACCAGACGCAACAAGGACCAUACCCUCUCAGUUGACAGACCACUUCUUCGAUGAUUGGCCAUGGAAUCUGGAUUUCAUGCAGCCGGCAGAAACCUGGUCUUCUGCCAACAUGAAUUUAUAG